GCUCUUGGGUUACUUCCGGCUCAGGGGAGGCUAUAGUGGCUCGCAGCGUCAGGGAACCAGCAGAGCGAGGUUGUUAUCCGCGCUCGCGACAGCGAUGCUGGGGGGCGGCUCCGUGGAUGGCGAGCGCGACCCGGACGACGACGCGGCGGGGGCGGUGGCCGCGCCUCCUGCCAUCGACUUCCCCGCAGAGGUGUCGGACCCCAAGUAUGAUGAGUCCGAUGUCCCAGCAGAGCUCCAAGUGUUAAAAGAGCCCCUGCAGCAGCCCACGUUCCCUUUCUUAGUGGCAAACCAGCUGCUGCUGGUCUCCUUGCUGGAACACUUGAGCCAUGUGCACGAGCCGAACCCGCUUCACUCAAAACAGGUGUUUAAAUUACUGUGCCAGACUUUUAUCAAGAUGGGGCUGCUCUCUUCCUUUACCUGCAGCGAUGAGUUCAGCUCCCUGAGACUCCACCACAACAGAGCCAUCACUCAUUUAAUGAGGUCUGCCAAGGAGAGAGUCCGUCAGGAUCCUUGUCAAGAUAAUUCUUACAUGCAGAAGAUCAGAUCCAGGGAGAUAGCUCUCGAAGCACAAACUUCACGCUACUUAAAUGAAUUUGAAGAGCUCGCCAUCUUAGGAAAAGGCGGAUAUGGAAGAGUUUACAAGGUCCGGAACAAAUUAGAUGGUCAGCAUUAUGCAAUUAAGAAAAUCCUGAUUAAGAGUGCAACUAAAACAGAUUGUAUGAAGGUGCUACGGGAAGUGAAGGUUCUGGCAGGCCUGCAGCACCCCAAUAUCGUUGGCUACCACACUGCAUGGAUAGAGCACGUUCACGUGCUUCAGCCACAAGACAGAGUUCCCAUCCAACUGCCCUCUCUUGAAGUGUUGUCGGAGCAUGAAGGGGACAGAAAUCAAGGUGGUGUUAAAGAUAAUGAAAGCAGUUCGUCCAUUAUCUUUGCUGAACUCACCCCAGAAAAAGAAAACCCUUUUGUGGAAUCUGAUGUUAAGAAUGAGAAUAACAACUUGGUGAGCUACAGGGCCAACUUAGUGAUCAGGAGCAGCAGUGAAAGCGAAUCGUCCAUUGAGCUCCAAGAAGAUGGCUUCAACAAGUCGUCUCUCAGACCAGUUGUCAAGCACCAGCUGCCGCUGGGGCAUAGCUCAGACGUGGAAGGGAAUUUUACCUCCACGGAGGAGUCUUCUGAAGACAAUUUGAACCUGCUGGGGCAGACAGAGGCGCGGUACCACCUGAUGCUGCACAUCCAGAUGCAGCUGUGUGAGCUCUCCCUGUGGGACUGGAUAGCUGAGAGGAACAAGCGGAGCCGGGAGUGCGUGGAUGAAGCUGCUUGUCCCUAUGUUAUGGCCAGUGUUGCAACAAAGAUUUUUCAAGAACUGGUGGAAGGUGUCUUUUAUAUACAUAACAUGGGCAUCGUCCACAGAGAUCUGAAGCCUAGAAAUAUUUUUCUUCAUGGUCCUGACCAACAAGUGAAAAUAGGAGACUUUGGUCUGGCCUGUGCAGACAUCAUUCAGAAGAGCGCAGAUUGGACCAACAGAAACGGGAAAGGAACGCCGACACACACGUCCCGAGUGGGGACUUGUCUCUACGCGUCACCUGAGCAGUUGGAAGGAUCCGAGUAUGAUGCCAAGUCUGAUAUGUACAGCCUGGGUGUGAUCCUGCUCGAGCUCUUCCAGCCAUUCGGGACAGAAAUGGAGCGAGCAACAGUCCUAACAGGUGUGAGGACUGGUCGGAUACCAGAGUCCCUCAGUAAAAGGUGUCCAGUGCAAGCCAAGUAUAUCCAGCUCCUGACUGGGAGGAACGCGUCCCAGAGACCAUCUGCUCUUCAGCUGCUGCAGAGCGAACUGUUCCAAACAACUGGAAAUGUUAAUCUCACAUUGCAGAUGAAGAUAAUGGAGCAAGAAAAGGAAAUUGAAGAAUUAAAGAAGCAACUAAGCCUCCUUUCUCAGGACAAAGGGCUGAAGAGAUGAGAGGGAAAUGGGGGCCUACCUGUGUAGCCUGAAUUAUGCUCUCAACCAUGUGAAAGUGGACUUGCAUUCUUAAAAGUCACCAGGGAUGUAAAUUUUCAACCCUUAGCUGAGGACGGGUGUGACUCCCAAUUGUACUGAGCAAACCUGUGUAAAG